AUGACUUCUUCUUCUUGUCCACUUCCUUCUGAAAUAAUUUUCGAGAUACUAACCCGAACAUCUUUGAAAACACUGGACACUUGCAAGGCUGUUAACAAAGAAUUGCACGACUUGACUUUCGAAUCAAACUUCAUGCCACAAUUCUGUGGAAGGAGUCAAAAUAUCUCAGGAUACUUCGUCCAGACAAUAUCAAGAACGAAGCACGUAGCAGAAUUUGUAUCAAUGGAUGGGUGUUCAGGGAAUAGUAAAGCCCCAUUCCAUCUCCCUAUUGAUGAUAAAGUAAAGCCUCGAGAUAAUUUUUCCAACGACGACUUUGACAUGAAGAUUGUGGCCUCCACAAAGCAAGGGAUCCUAUGUUGUGUUAGAAGAACGAAAAACGAGUACAGGUAUCACGUUUGCAAGCCGAGUACUAAGCAAUGGAUGAAAUUGCCUAAUCCUAGAAUGCGUUAUUCUACUGUCAAAGUUGCUCUCAUUGUACUUAGAUCAAAUCCUCUGCACUUCAAGAUCAUAAGAUUGUCGUCUCCUCAGACUCUUUAUCAUCAUUAUAGGAAACUGGGGCUCGAUUACUUAUGUUGUGAAAUUUUUGAUUCAGUAGCUUGGAAGUGGAGGCGAGGAAAAGAUUUGUUGGUCCCUGAAGAAUUGUACUUCGACAUGUCUACCCCAGCAGUUAAUGCAAGUGGUUUAGUUUAUGUCAAACUAACAGAUGAUCUAGUGAUAGCUCUAAACUAUAAUGGAGAUAAGGCUUUUCCAAGAUUCUCUCUUCCAAAGCCUGCUUUUGAGUACGAAGAUUAUCGAUAUAACCAACUUAUGGAGUAUAACGGGAAGCUAGGGUUUACAUGUUUGUCACCAAAAGGGAUGGAGCUUUGGGUUUUCGAGAAUGGGAGACAAGUUUGGGAGCUUAAAAAGGAAGCGGACAUUGAAACUGUAAAUGGGAUGACAAAAUUUCCAACCCCGGUUGGAUUUUAUAAUGCAGACAUUGCUUUGAUGAAAGAUUACUAUCAAGUUAUAUUCUACAAGUUGCAAGACAAGAGCUUUAACGUGGUGAAACUUGAUAAAUGUCCUACUGUUCAAGAAAUUUUCCCUUUUCGAUCAGAUUUAGAGCCAAUUGAUCUGAGGAUGCGAGGAGCAGCCAACGUUGUUUCAUCUACCAAAUACCUCUAUCGUCCCUUUUGGAUUUCCUUAGUUAUUGUUUUCAUUUUUCUUUUCAGUAUUUUGUUUUUUCAUGCAUGA